AUGGCUUCCUGUAUGGUGUCUAUCCUCUUCCUGUUCCCUCUAAUCGCCGCCAUGUCAGCAGAAGAACCGCCAGGCUGCAAGAUCCGGAUCACUAACAGGGGGCUCGAAAUGUUGAAGUACGAGACGCAGAAGUUUGUGGUUGAGGAACUGAGCAACAUCACCAUGCCAGAGAUGAAGGGCAAAGAGGGCCGCUUCCAGUACACCAUCAAAGAGGUGAAGAUAAAUGAGCUGAAUCUGACCUAUGCUGACCUGGCCUUCCAGCCUGGCCUAGGACUGCUCUUCAAUGUGCAGAACUCCUCCAUCGCUCUCAGCUUCCAGAGACACAUCUUAUACUGGUUAUUCUAUGACACCGGAGCCAUCAAUGCCUCUGCAGAAGGCGUGAACAUCCACACUGUCCUGCACAUGACCAGAGAUGAGUUGGGACGCCUCAAGAUCUCCAACAUCACCUGCGAUGCCUCCAUUGCCAAAAUGAAAAUGAAGUUCACUGGCACCUUGGGGAGGGUGUAUGACUUCCUGGCGACUUUUUUGACCACAGGAAUGCGCUUCCUUCUGAACCAGCAGAUCUGCCCUGUCAUGAACCACGCUGGUUUGGUUCUAAUCAACUCUUUGUUGGAGACAAUUCCAGUGCGAACAGAAGUAGACAACUAUGUGGGGAUCGACUACUCCCUCCUCAGUGACCCUGUGGUGACUUCAAGGAGUCUUGACAUGGAUUUCAGGGGCAUGUUCUUUGAGCUCGGGAACGAGAGCAACACCUUGGUGAACUAUGCCAUCAACCCAAUUGUGAGAGAGUACGACCGCAUGGUGUACCUGGCUCUGUCCGAGUACUUCUUUGACAGUGGGUUGUACUCCUAUUAUAAAGCUGGCAUAUUCCAACGGAAUAUCGCCAACGAGCACAUGCCAAAGGAUCUGGAGAUGCUCCUUAGGACAACAUAUUUUGGCACCAUUAUGAUGAUUAACCCAGCCCUAAUGGAGUACCCUAUCUCCCUGCAACUGGAGUUGAACUCUGCCCCCAAGACAACCGUCAAGACCUCCGGGGUCACCGUGGCCAUCACUGCCAUCGUCACGGUGAUGGUGCUACCGCCCGGCAAGGCGCCUGUUCAGCUCAGCAGCAUGACCAUGGAGGCCAAAUUCAAUGCCAAGGUGUCCAUGAAGGGCAAGAGACUGGCUGUUCACGCAGACUUGAGGAGGUUUAAAAUCUACUCCAACCAGUCUGCUUUGGAAUCACUGGCGCUUAUUCCCCUACAAAUCCCCCUCAAGACUAUGCUGCAGAUCUCAAUAGUACCCAUCAUCAAUAACUGGACCAAGAGAGGCGUCGCUAUCCCUCUUGCAGAUGGUAUGGACUUCAUAGAGGAAGUGGUGGAGUAUCAUAACGGUUACCUCAUCAUUGGGGCAGACCUACAUUUCAGCAAGGGCCUAAGGGAGGUGAUCGAGAGGAAAAUCCAGGCUGAUGCAGAGAACGCCAUCUAGAGAGAAUUCUCCACCAGCAAUAACCAAGGAUAGAUAUCUUAGAUAAACACCCAUCCAAUCCUGUGUUUCUAUGUCCUCAAGGGCACAUGCCUUAUCUACAACAUGUAGCAGACUCUAC